UCCACAGCGAACCUAACAACAUGCGCAAGUAGCCGAGCUGAAGAGUCAUUUAGCAGCAUCAAGAUGGCGAUAGUGGGACUACAUGUCAUUUUCAUCCUCAUCUCAACACAAUGCUACAUAACGACAUUUGCAGUCAUUCUAAAAAGUCUAGAGAAGUCUCCAUGGGCGAAUGAAUUCGAAUCUGUUGAACUGUCCUGUUUGAUAGAGUCCAUCUCAACAAACAAUCCCAGAAUUGAGUGGAAGAAGAUAAAGGACGGGGAACCAAGUUAUGUUUACUUUGAGAAAAACAUUAUCGGGGAUCUGGAGAACCGGGCGAAGAUAAUCGAGCCAGCGACUCUGGUCAUCACCAACGCAACGCGCUCAGACACCGCCCAGUAUCGCUGCGAGGUCACGGCCGCCCACGACCAGAAAUCCUUUGACGAGAUUUUAAUCGGCCUCGUCGUAAGAGUGAAGCCAGUGGUGCCCAGAUGCAGCAUUCCCGUGUCCGUGCCAGUGGGAAAAACAGCGGAGCUGAGCUGCGUGGAGGAGGAGGGGUUCCCCGGGCCACAGUACCUGUGGUUCCGCAACGAGGAGGAAGUGCCGGAGGACCCCAAGAACAACCCCAAAUUCCUCAACUCGUCGUACACUCUGGACCCCCACACGGGGACUCUGACGUUCAGUGCCGUGCGGAAGGAGGACGAGGGGGAGUACUACUGCCGGGCCAAGAACGACGCUGGGCACUCAGACUGUGGCCCCCAGAGGAUGGAAGUCUAUGACUUAAACCUGGUGGCCAUCAUUGGGGGAGCGCUGGCGGUGGUGUUCGUGCUCCUGUGCAUUAUCGUGGGGGUCUGCUGUGCCUAUAAGCGGGGCUACUUCCCGAGCAAGAAGGAGACAGGGAGCGAUUUUAGAUCACCAGAAAGAGGAGAUGGGGUGGACUAUGUCAGAACAGAUGAGGAGGGGGAUUUUCGGCACAAAUCCUCAUUCGUCAUUUGAUGAGAGGACGGACACAAGAGGACCAGGUACAUUUAAGUCAGGGGUGAACUGAACUUGUAACUGGCGACAGAUGAGUCACCAGAGCCGGCUUUGUGCUAUGAAGUAUGCCUGCAGUGGAGCUACAUGAGCUUGCCAAAGGUGACAAACACCACCACAAACUGGAAAAAAUUCCAAUUGUCUUGUCAGAUCCAAAACGACAAACUCUCCGAAAGACGUCUUGCUGUUCCUUAUGCUGUUAAGUCUGCUUGUUGAUUCUGUCCUGAAGAGACACCAUACUUGCCUAAAAUGGUCAUUUUUUAUUUCCAAUAUGGACGACAUGCACCAUUUUGACUUUGCACCAAACACCUCUUAGCUUCCAAUGUAUUAUUGUCGUUUAUAUACCAUACAAUUUUUUGUACUGGCAAAAUGUAUUGAACUAUUUUUGAUGGAAUAUAUUUUCAAAUGCCUAUAGAUGAAUGUUUACUUUUUUUAAAGAUUUGUAAAAUAACAUAGAUUUUGCUCAUUUUUGUUGUUUUUUUUUCUUCUUUUUCAAAGAAGUAUUGUUAAUAUUUAUAACCACUAUAGUAUUCAACAUAUAACACUUGCAAUUGAAAGAGUACACAGUGCUAAUAGAUUUUUUAAUUAAUAUUAUUUUCUAAAGACAAAUUCCUGUUACAUAUCAGGGUAUUUAGUUGUUGAUCAACUGUCUUACACACCGUUUUCUAAACCGCUGAAAUGGAAAUGUUUAGCUUACCAAAAAGUAGUAUUUCAAUAUAGUGGAUUGUCAAAUAUUUUGUAGGCAGUACGAAAUGCUGAAGUACGGUGGUUAUAUACUGGUGCUCAUUGUAAACUGUUGUGGUUGUUUUCUUCCCUUUAAGUGGCCUUUUGUUUGCUGGUAUCUUGUAAAUAUGCAGAUAUACUGCCCAAGCUGGGACUUUUAGUCGUCACUGAAGCAAAUAGCUUCAGAACGCAAAGAAAAGGUGAGUGUAGCAACUGUACUUAUCUCUAAAAAGCCUUUGACUAAUUGUAUAGAAGUGUGCAAAGUUGUUUUUUUUCCUUGUUUGCAAGUGGACAAAACAGCUCAGGAAACACCUGGAUAAGCCUCAGAGAGGCUAGGGACUGUUCACAUGUCUGAAAUAUAUAAGUAUACAUACUCUGUAAAAAAGUGGAUUUUCCUUUGUGUGUAUCUUGUAGCAUGCAGGGGACUUUUUCCCUUCCCCUUGCUAGGUUUCUUUCUUUGCCCAAACACCAAUUGCAGUAACCUAAGACAAUACAGAAAAUGCUGUACUAAAAUUCAUGUAUUGUAUAUUUCCAUAUUCAAAUAACACCAACUUUAGCUUUAAUUUCUUAAGGUAUCAGUUUUAUUUUAUUUCUGUUGAAUUGUCCGGUUUUGGAGAUACGAUUCAGGACCACGUGACAAAGGUGUGAUAAUCUUUGAGCUUCAAUCAUUAAGGUUGUGUUUAGAAAAUACAGUUUAUUCUUUUAAAGCUGUUGUGUGUUCUUUUUUCAUUCCUCUCAAGUGCCUUGUCUGUGGCAACUUUCGAGGUUUAGAAAAUCUCAGGAAUCUCAAGGCAGAAAAAAGAAAAUAAAAAUCUAAAUGUCUCCAGUAAUAUUUACGGAGCGUACAUUUUAGACUAUCACAGCUUUAAUACAGUAGGCAAAGGGCAGUAGGAUCAAGUGGACCUUGAGUAACUAAAUAUUUCUAAUUUGUUAACUUCAAAAUGCUGCCAAUGUGUUUGUCUAUAAAUUAUGUUUGUCUUAAAAUCUGUGGAACAAAGGUGUUUGAGAGGAAUGAUUACAGUCAACAAUCCUUAAAUAUUGUGACUAUAUUGCCAAGGUAAUUGUCUAAAUAAUUUAAUAAUUAUCUUGAACUGUUGUGUUUGUGAAGUUUAAACAAAUGGUGGGUUUUCUAGAGCAAUCGUUUUCUCAGUGGUUACAAAAGAAGCAAAUUAUGAGAGCAAGUUAAGUUGAACACACCUUUUCUUUGCCACCCUGAAAUACUGCAACAAUUCUGUUUUUCUUCAGUCAGAUAUAUUCGUUUGUUUUUUUUAGCCUUUUCUAAAUCAUUUUAGAGAGAUCUAGAGAUGUAAUUUUUAUUGUUACUCCAUACCCUGAGAAAUGCUUGUGGUGAAAACACACUGAGGCGUAUGCUGAAAUGAAAAAGAGCAUUUGGUCACACUUCACAAUAAGGUACAUUAAUUGAUAUUAACUAAUGUAGUUGCUCACAUUAAUUAAUGUACAAAUGCAUUAAUUAAGCAUGAAAUUCACUUUUCAUUAGUGAAUGCAUUUUUUACCUCCUAACUAAUGUAGUAGUUACAUGAAUAUUUAUACAUUAGCAAACCAUAGGAUAGAUGUAUAAUUAGUUAAGCAUUCACAGAUACGUUAACUGGUUCUCAUUCCAAUAUGAAUUGGCAUGAACUAAUGUAGUUAGCAUGAAUUAAUAAUGUACAAAGACAUUUUUUAAAAAGCUGUACAGAUUGAAUUCUCAGUAGUUAGUUAACAACUACAUGACUUAAUGCAAAUUCAUGUAACCUUAUUGUAAAGUGUUUCCGAGCUUUCAAACUAAACCCAUACAUUAUGUAUAAAAUGAAAAGAUGUAAGUCUGUAAUUCUGAUUCUCUUUUUUUUUUUUAAAUAAGAUUUACUUACUUUAUUUUUCAUUAAAGGUAUGCUAGUACUUUGCGCAUUGUAGUGUGUCAAACAUUUUCACAUUCAAUCUGACAUUUUUUGGUUGAUUGGUUGAAAAAGUAAAACAAUCAUUCUGAUUUUAACGAAAAUUAAAUUUCUAGGCAAAUGGGGACAACAGCUUUGGAAGACGGUUCCAACGUACAAUAUUGCAAAGGGUAUCACAAUUUCACAAUCUGUAUACUUGAGGAUCAACUGUGUAUUGUGUGCAACAAUAUUGUGAGUUCUCAGUUAAUAAAACUCUCCUUGGUCAGGACCAAGCACAA